UUUUUGUAAAGAAAAAAAAAAAAAAAAACAUGUUAUGUGGAGUUUUGAUCUUGUAAACAAACUCGGCUUACUCUUCUCGUAGUUCUCGUCACUUCGUCAGUCGGUCAGUGCUUGUCGUUGUCUUGUAUUUAUAUAGUAUCGUCGGCGCCGUUUGUUUUCGGGCUUAGUCCUUGAUGCCUGAAGGCCUGAUGGUGUUGAACAAUCGCGUACAGUUUUUUAAAAAAAAAUAUAACAGAGACCUCAGAGUGGUGUGUUCGAAUUUUAACACCAUUGUAUCUUUCGACAGUUUCGACUAAUAAGCUAAUAGCUGCAUGCUUAAUUUGAUCGUGCUGGUUUUCACCAUCGUUCUGUGAAGUGUGAAGUGUACGACUACGAACUGUUGCAGUGUAUUUCGAAUUACAGCUUCAGAAUUUUAUUUUACUACCUGGCGAUCGAUAGUGAUAUUCAUUACGUAAAAAUGAACGACGAUUCGCCGAUGAAAUUACAAUGUUUAGCUGCCAAAUCGAUAUGUGUUCGUCUGUUACACAAAUGGGCCGAAGGCGAGAUACCCGUAAUAAAUGUUUGGAGACGAGCUCAGGGCUACGGUACCGACCAUUGCGAGGAUCACGACUGGUUCUUGUGGCAGUUAAGUGAAAUGCAAGUGCCUCAAUUCGCGUAUAUAUCCGGUGAAAUUCAAAACCAAAUCGAAGACAACAUGGUACCGAUUUUAGAAACAGCCCAGACGUGGAUUCAGGCCCAUCAUGGGUGUAAUAAUUUCUUCCACGAUGAACCAUCGUCUCCGUUGAACGAGUACAUCGUAAAAUUAGUUUGGAAUCGUCAUUUUAAAAUCGACUACGCUGCGACUGCGAAAAAUAUCCUAACCAAUGAAAAGCUGAGUCCGUUGGAGAGGUUCAGAUUCGCCAGUGUUUAUUGCAUCGUCGACGAAAUCGAAAAGUUUCGCAACACGAUCGGUUCGAUACCGGAAUUUGAUUUUAGAGUGGAUCCGUUCGUAGCGUAUUGGAGCAAAUAUUUGAGAAAUGAGUUACGUACGAUAUCAGUACCGAAGAAUUCUUCGAUCGAAAUGUUGCUUUUUAAUACUUCGAUGGAACGUGGUAUGUGGCCAACUGUGCAGUACUUCUUCGGUAAAUUGGACUCGGCGAAGAAAACAUCGAAAUUCGAAAGUAUCCUCGAAAGGUUCGGUGAAGCGUACCCGGACGAUUUCUCCGUCGGAUUGGCGGAUAAAAAAUGGAAUCCAUUAUGUUGUUUCGCCAGUUCGAAAAUCAUCGCCAGAAUCGUCCGGUACGGUACUCCGAACCAAGUACGAAUCGUUUGGAAGCUGUUCGAGAGUAAAAUGAAUUCGAAAAAUUUCUACGGUAUUCUCGAAACGCUUUUACCGUUAUCGAUGCGAAACGCGAACAGUUUCGAAAAAUGGACCCCGUUGCUAAUGGAGAUUUGGACCAGCGCCAGUGGCAGAUUCAAUCAAUCGGCAAUCGACAUGAAACUGUGGGAGAGUAUCGGUGAUAAAUUCUUCGGUAUUUUUCAACACGAACGUCUACUCGAGUUUCGUGCUCGUCGUCAGAUCAGCGACCCGAUGAAAUUCAUCAGAAUUGUGUUGAAAAGCAUGCCCGCCAGUAAGAGAGUAAUAUUUAUCGAGAAGAAUAUCUGUUGGCUGCUUCUGUGGGCUCCGUUUGCUGCGUUGGAUGAAUUGAUGCGCGAUGUUCUGGAAUGUUACAGUCGUGAUUUUCUCGAGUUGAGAAAACUCGUCGCCAAUGAUGAUGUCAAAAUGCAAGUCUUGCUAUGUGCAUUGCUGGCAUAUGGUGAAUAUGACGAAAUCGAUGCAAUAGUAUCAUUUUAUGUGUUUAGUAUCGAUGGCUAUGUCAAUGUUUUCAUCCGGAAUGGCGGCUUUAAAUUCCAAAAUGAUCCGAAGUUAUAUAAGUGGCAGUUUCUAAUGUCUUCGCACGCUUUUGAUUGGAUGUGUGGACGUGUUUAUCGCGGUGAUUGGAGGGAAUUGCACAAGUAUGUGGAGGAAAACAAUGCAUGGCCAUCUGGCGAUAAGCCCAAUGAGAUAAUAAAAAAAGUGCUUUUGACGAGCGACGGAUAUUGUGCUAGGAAAAUCAAUGGAGGUGACGAAAUGAACGACUUGAAGGAAUUCGUCAACACAGUGUUUUCGAAUAUAGAACCCCAACACGAAUGCGGUGCUAACAGCCUAGUGAAAAUGUUGAAAAAACGGUUCGAAAGUCUCCUGUUGAAAGUUUUGUUCGAUUACACAAACCUUGGAAAAAAAAUAACUUUCGAUCGAGAUGCCUUGCAGGAGUUUUUGUUGUGGAUUUACGACGGUGACGAAAAGUUAAUCGAUGAAAACUUCAAGCAACCGCGCCUGUUUCCUAAAGGGUUUUUGGUUCAGUUGAAAGGAUGCGUUGCCGAAGGUUCCUUCCGAGUUACCGAGUCGAUGGAUGAGUUUUUGAAAUGGUGUUUUGCAACCGAAGCAGAAAGGCAACGGUUUAAACGCAAAAUGAUAUACGGUUUCCGACAGUAUAGGUUGAUCGAAGGUCUGCUGAUGCGCCGAAAGUAUCGUCGAAGUAUGUUGUUGUGGUUUUUCAACGAAGAUACCAGUUUGAUUGACAAAUUUACGGCUGAUUAUGGUGCUAAUCCGAUUUACGGGUAUUAUAUUAGCGAUGAUAGCAGCGACGAUAGUGACGAUGAAAACGUGGGGUAUUUUAUUGGCGAUAAUAGUAGUGAUGAUAGCGACGAUUAAGACUAGGAUUCGAUAUUAGCGUUUGAAGUAAUCUACUGAAAAUGAGCGAUUCGUAAAGAAAUUCAGAUUCUUGAAUAAGUAUUAGUUUUCGUAAACGUGGAAUCUAUUUUUUUCAAGUAUUUUUUUGUUUGUUUAUUAUUAUUUUUGUUUUCAGUAAUUUGAAUAAUUGUAAAUUGUUCUUAAACAGGGUGUCUAACACUCCUAUUUAUCCUAUAUAUCCUAUAAAAGUCCUUUUAUUUGCCUAUGGCACCUUUUUGUCCUUUUAGUGUCCUAUUUUUCAACAAUUUUAUCCAAAAGUCCUAUUUUUUUCCAAUAUGACUUUUUCAAAUUUUCAAUUUCCCCCCCUUUCUUUCCGGAAUUUUGAACUUGUAGAAAAGAGAUGAAUUGUCGACUUUUGUAGAACUUGAAUCACACAUUUUUGAGAGCUUCUGCCCUCGCUUCGCUCGGGCAAUUUGCUUUUACUUUUCCCAAUAUGUAACUUAUUGUUCAAAUUCAAGAAAUGUUCAAAGUUUGAAUCAGAAAGAUAAACUCCUCCUUCUUUACCAAAUUACCGAUUUCUUUUUACUUCUCAGCAAAACAUGAAUUUUUUGAAAACUUUUAGCUUAGCCUUGCUUCACUCAGGUUUGUUUGCUUUUCUUUUUCAAGUUUGAAUUUUUCUUUUCUUUUUGUUGAAUUGGGGUGUUGAAUCAUCAUUUAAAUUUUAAGAUUUUGUAGCAAAAUAAUAUAAGUAACUUAUCACUCAAAAAACAUCGUUUUUAUACCUCUCAAAAUACUGAAUUUCUAAAGCUUUUGCCCUCGCUUCGCUCGGGCCCGUUAGCUUUUCUUUUCCAAUUUUAAAUUUUCAAAAAAAUCAUAAUAUUUUAAAUUUCAAAAUUUUGAAGCAAAACAUUCGAUAAAUUUGUGCUUUUUUCCAAAUUUUCCAUUAAUUUUUUUACAUUUUUUAAAAAUUUGUUAUUUUGAAACAAGUUUUUUAUUCAUCAAAUUUCAUUACAUUGACAAGAACCUAAAUACAAAAAUUGUAAUGAUAAAAUUACCUUUUCGACGUACGCUUGCUUGAAAAUAAUCUUGGGAUGUUUGAGGACAUUGGAUAAGCGAAAAAUUUGAAUGGAAAGUUUUGCCUCGCCCACUGCAUGCCUCCCCCUCUUGAAAAAUACCAAGUGUUCAAAAACUGUCCUGUUGAAAGUUCCGCUAAAAUUCCUGUCGCUAAAAAUUUGAAUAUAAAUUUUGACCCCCCCCCCCAUACAUUACAAAAUUCCACAGUAAUGCUGGAAAAAUUACCUGCUGAAAGUCCUGCUAGAAGUCCUAUAAAAGUCCUAUUUUUUCAUUUUGAAAUUUUGUUAGACACCCUGUUAAAUAAGUCGUACAUAUUUGUUUGUUUAUUUUUGAAUUUUCAUUUUUUUCUAAUUGAAAGUUAAAUAAUUAUAAGUUGGUAGGUAGGCUACUUUAAGUACGCGAUGAUGUUUCAUAAUCGUAUAAUGCAUUUUUGUUUGAAUUUACGUGUUUGUUUUUUAAUAGGUAGAUAGAUGAUAUUAAUGUUCUCGUUUGAAAAUAUUUUUACGAGUUUUUUCUUUCCUUGGGAAUGUUUUUGUGAUCAAUAAAAUUUAGAAUUGAC